AUGUCGCAGGCUAACAGCGCCGUAAUGGGCGUUGGGCGAGAUGACGAUCUUCUAAGAAAGUCUGGUAUCAUGAAAUUCUGCCUCACGCAUCUGCGGCCCUCGGAUAAGGCCUUCAACAGAAACACGGGUCCAAAUGAGAAGGCACAGGUCGCCUAUGAGUUGUAG